AUGAAGUUCCCUACCGCCGCCGUCUUCGCAGUCCUCGCUGCCAUCGCCGAGGCCAAGGUCCAGUUCACCAACUCCAACUAUGACAUUACCGAGGGUGAUCCCUUCACCCUGAAGUGGUCCGGCGCCGAGGGCCCCGUCACCAUCACGGUCAAGUCUGGCCCCGAGACCAACCUGAAGGACGUCAUGGUCAUCGACUCCGCCGACUCUGGCACCUCCUUCACCUGGACCCCCAAGGGUCUGCCCUCGGGCACCUACGCCUUUGAGAUCAAGGACAGCACCGGCGUCCCCAACUACUCGCCCCAGUUCACCUACCAGGGCACCGGCACUCUGUCCUCCACCGCCGGCAGCUCGUCUGCCAGCAAGACCUCGACCUCUGCCAGCAGCUCCUCCAGCGUUAGCAGCACCAUCACCAGCUCCAGCUCCAGCUCCUCCGCCUCGAGCACCAGCUCCUCCUCCUCUUCCAGCCGCAGCAGCAGCAGCUCUAGCAGCAGCAGCAAGACUUCUUCGAGCACCUCUUCCACCUCCACCCCCACCAACACCAGCCGCCCCAGCAACACCAACGACAGCCAGAACCUCAAGUCUCCCCUGGCCCUGCUCCUCCUCACCGUUGGCGCCCUCGUCUUCUUCCACUAA